UCAGAGAGUCACCGGCUGCUGGAAAACAACAGAAAUUUAUUUUCUUCUGGAAAUGAAUCAGAAGGCAGACCAUCACUUGGUAGCCAGCAUAUGAUUCAGCAGAGCUUUGUGCACAAAAAAAAAAAGGUAUAAAGUUCAAAGACGACCCCAAAAGGCUCUGGAAGUAAGCAGGGAACUGCUUUUACUCUUUCUGGAGCCACUGCUGGCAGCACCUAUGAACUUCUGACUGUGUGUAACUGAAGGAAGAACCCACCGCGAUGGCAGAGUAGUGGCUUUAGAGAGCAGCCAACGACAGGCACGUGGGCACCAGCCAACACAGAACUUUCCACCAUAAUUACUUCCACCUCUGGGGGAGGAGCUUACGCUCAGGGUGACCUCAUGUAGCAGAAGGAACCAGUAUAAAUACAGCAGGACAGCUCUGGAGGGAGCAUCUGCAUUGCUCACCUGGGAGCAGGAGGCUCAGAAAGUGACCAAGAAGCCAUUCCAGGAACUUCCGGCACUCAGAAUCCUUCUGAGAACAUGCUGCCACCAAUAGCCCUUUUGCUGCUAAUGUCCUUGAACUUGGUUCAUGGAGUGUUUUAUGCUGAGAGAUACCAAACACCUACAGGCAUAAAAGGCCCAGCAGCCAACACCAAGACACAGUUCUUCAUUCCCUAUGCCAUCAAGAGUAAAGGUAUACCGGUCCGAGGACAGCAAGGCACCCCCGGCCCACCAGGCCCCGCCGGCCCUCGCGGGCACCCGGGCCCCUCCGGACCACCGGGAAAACCAGGCUACGGGAGUCCGGGACCCCAAGGAGAGCCAGGGCUGCCGGGCCCGCCGGGACCAUCGGGCACGGGGAAGCCAGGCUCGCCGGGACUGCCAGGAAAGCCAGGGGACAGAGGACCGUAUGGGCCGAAAGGAGACGUUGGACCGGCCGGCUUACCAGGCCCCCGGGGCCCGCCGGGACCCCCGGGCACCCCCGGCCCCGCGGGGAUCUCCGUGUCGGGAAAACCUGGAGAACAGGGAUCGCCGGGGGCCCCGGGACCCCGAGGCCUGCCCGGAGAAAAGGGGGCGCCCGGAGUGCCCGGUGUGAACGGACAGAAGGGAGAAACCAGGUACGGCGCCCCGGGCCGCCCCGGGGAGAGGGGCCUGCCCGGUCCGCAGGGGCCCGCGGGCCCGCCCGGCCCCCCGGGCGUGGGGAAGAGGGGGGAGAGCGGCUUCCCGGGGCAGCCGGGCGUCAAAGGGGACCGGGGCUUCCCGGGAGAGCGGGGCCCCAUCGGCCUGCCGGGCCCGCAGGGGCCUCCCGGGGAGCGGGGCCCGGAGGGCGCGGGGAAGCCCGGAGCCCCCGGCGCCCCGGGCCAGCCAGGGGCCCCCGGGACCAAAGGCCACCCCGGGGCUCCGGGGAUCGCGGGGCCCCCCGGGCCUCCGGGCUUCGGGAAGCCGGGCCUGCCAGGCCUGCAGGGCCAGAGAGGCUCCGCCGGCCUUCCCGGCGGCCCGGGGGCCAAGGGGGAGCAAGGCCCGGCCGGCCGCCCUGGGGAGCCGGGUCUGGCCGGACCCCCCGGGAGUGCGGGGCCCCCGGGACCCAAGGGCACCCCGGGCACCUAUGGGAUGCCGGGCCCCAAGGGGGAGGCGGGGCCCGCCGGGCCGGCAGGACGCCCCGGGGCCAAGGGGGAGAGGGGGCCGUCUGGCCUGGAUGGGAAACCAGGGUACCCGGGAGAGCCGGGUCUGGACGGGCCUAAGGGUCACCCGGGGCUGCCCGGACCCAAAGGGGACCCCGGAGUGGAAGGACGUCCCGGGCUCCCGGGCCCCGCAGGCCCCGCGGGCGCGAAGGGAACGCCCGGGCACAACGGCGAGGCGGGGCCCAGGGGCUCCCCUGGAAUACCGGGCACCCGAGGCCCCAUCGGGCCGCCCGGCAUCCCGGGCUUCCCCGGGUCCAAAGGGGAUCCAGGAAGUCCAGGCCUUCCUGGCCCCGCUGGCAUAGCCACCAAGGGCCUCAACGGGCCCACGGGGCCCCCGGGACCCCCAGGUCCGAGAGGCCAGGCGGGAGAGCCGGGCCUUCCGGGGCCCCCCGGGCCUCCAGGGCCCCCCGGCCCUGCCGACAGCUUCACCAAGGCCGGCCAAAGGCCCAGCAUCCCCGGGGUGCCCCAGGUUAGUGUCAACCAGGGAGUCACAGGAAUGCCCGUGUCCGCCUUCACCGUUAUCCUCUCCAAAGCCUACCCGGCCAUAGGCGCCCCCAUCCCAUUUGAUAAGGUUCUGUAUAACAAGCAGCAGCAUUACGACCCGAGAACCGGCAUCUUCACCUGCAAGAUCCCGGGCCUCUACUAUUUCUCCUACCACGUGCACGUGAAAGGGACCCACGUGUGGGUGGGCCUGUACAAGAACGGCACCCCCGUCAUGUACACGUAUGAUGAGUACACCAAGGGCUAUCUGGACCAGGCCUCGGGCAGCGCCAUCCUCGACCUGGCGGAGAACGACCAGGUGUGGCUGCAGCUGCCCAACGCCGAGUCCAACGGCCUGUACUCCUCCGAGUAUGUCCACUCCUCCUUCUCAGGGUUCCUAGUGGCUCCCAUGUGAGCGUGUGCCCACCGCGCUCACAUACACCUGCUUGAGAAGGCACCUGCCCCACAAAGCGCAUAUGGACGUAGGCUGAGAAAGACAGCACUCCCUUCAGUACAGAUGUGAGCUUUCAGACCAGCCAGCUUUCCCUCGGAAGAGCGAGCAGCAAAGGUAAACUAUAGGAGAAGACCCUGUCCAAUUCCUAGUCCGCAGUCCUGAGGCUCCUUAUUCUGUGAAGUCCUCCCGUCCUUAAAAACCUCACCAGAAGAGUCCUGCUAAGCUAAAGUGUAAAAUGACCACAAAAACCCUGAUCCGUGAUGCUAAGUUACGUUAAAUCUGAUUUCAGAACCUCAGCAUCGCCUUUUAAAAUAAGCCUGUUUUCUUCCAACAAUGAACAGAACUUCUAGGAAACAUUCAAGAGGUAUAUCUUUCUAGAACUUAAAUACUUGAAUAUUCAAAUUUAAAAGACGUUAUCAUAGGAUCUUUCUGAUGGUGCAUUACUCAAAGGCUUAAAUGGCCCCUUGUGAAAAAAUUUAUUCAGAUAUAAAGGUGCAUAUAGAUUUUUUUUUAUGGCUCUCAUAAAAAACACACGCAAAAUAUGAUGUUGAAAUGAACCGGAAAUGCAAGGUGCUUUGGUUAUGAACCUUUACAAACUUUUCUGUGACUGCGAAAAAGCGUUCUACAUACCCUUCACAACUUGGAAGUUGGUGUCUGACCUAAUGUAUUUAUUUAACACGAGUGUUAAUUAAUUUGAUUUCAUCCCUUUGUUGAGUUUUGUAUCAGAUGAUUUUGUGGGUUUACAGUAUGUACCUAGUGCCUCCCAUUCCAGUGAAAUUAUACCUGAUGUCAAAGGUUUCAAAAUCUGCCUAGAAAGGAAAAGACGUUAUUUAUUUAUGCUCCGUACUGUAUUUUUAUAUUGCUGUUUAAGAGCUGUAAGCUGUACCUCACUUACGAAAGCACGAAAUGUUUUACCUACUCCUCAUUUACGAUGCAAUAAAGUACCAUCCAGAGA